UAUGUCAUUGUCAUUAUUAAAACUUAAAAUAUACCCUUUGAUUAAAACAAAACGUUUCUGAUCAUUAGAAAGGUUUCUUCAAUUUUAUAUUGGAUAUCUCAUGUCUGCAUUGAAUCUCCUUUGUGAUUACGGAAGCGACGAUACUUCAGACGAAAGUGAUAAAGACAUUUCUAUACCUUUGAAAAAGCCAAAACUGCCAACACCAAAUCUAAGUGGAGUCAGCACUGUGGUGUUAUCUGAAGAACAUAUUGACGAUCCAUCACUCCACAAUGGUCGUAUUCGCACUUUUUCACAUGUAAGAGGAAAUUGGGCAACAUUUGUCUACAUUGAAUAUCCAAAAAAAGAUAAAUUGUUGAAAAUUAUAGAUUUAUUACAUACUGUAUUGACAACUAUUGACGAGUCAUGUAUUGUAUGUGAAAACGUCCACAUAAGUCUGUCUAAGACAUUUGUUCUAAGGUAUCACAUGAUAAAACCACUCACAACAUCAUUACAGGAAGUAUUGAGCAAUAUCGAAAGUUUUGACUUGAACUUUGAUUCCGUCGAAGUAUAUUGUAAUGAAGAAAAAACCCGUACUUUUCUUGCUCUUGGAGUAGAUGCUAUGAGUCACGAAUAUUUGAUCAAUAUAGUUGAAAAAAUAGAUAACAUAUUAGGUGACUUUAAACUACCAAAGUUUUAUGAGAACCCAUUAUUUCAUAUGAGUAUUUUGAGUAUUAAUGGAAAUAAAAAGGAAUUGAUUUUGAAAAACUUACAAUAUUUAAAUGAAAUUUUUAAUCAUCAGAAAAACAAAAUACUCAACCCUGUAAAUAUUAUAAAAGUGAACUGUAAAAGUGGAAAUAAAGUUUAUCAAUACUGUUUUAAAUAA